UGGCCCGUUGACCCAAGCUUAAUGUCAUACUCUCAAGACGUGUACGUUCACUAUUGUAAAUUAGAUUAGGGCUAUGUACUUAGUUUAAAAUGUUGCGAUUCCUCAGUAGAAGAGGCCGCUCAUCGAGCCAGAACCGCAAUAAACAAGGACAGAAAUCUUCAAUCAACAAAAACGUAAUACAAUGUAAGGUAAUGUUACUUGAUGACACUGACUUGUCAAUAAAUCUCUCAAAAAAAUCUAGCGCCGGUGAAUUAUACGAACAAGUGUUCUACUCAUUAGAUUUGAUUGAAAAAGACUAUUUUGGUUUGCAAUUCACGGAUACAAACAAUGUCAAACACUGGUUGGACCCGACAAAAACUAUAAAAAAACAAGUUAAAAUCGGACCACCCUAUACUUUACGGUUGAAGGUAAAGUUUUAUUCUUCUGAACCCAAUAAUUUGAGAGAAGAAUUGACAAGGUACCAAUUCUUUUUGCAACUGAAAAAGGAUAUUUUGGAGAGCAAAUUAGAAUGUCCUCAUUCUACUGCUGUGGAGCUAGCAGCUCUUGCACUACAAUCGGAACUUGGAGACUUUGAUGAAGCUGUGCACACCCCAGCUACUGUUUCUGAGUUUAGAUUUGUACCUAACCAGACAGAAGAAAUGGAAAUUGAAAUACUGGAAGAGUAUAAAAAAUGCAAAGGCCUUACACCUGCACAAGCUGAGGUCAACUACCUUAACAAAGCUAAAUGGCUUGAAAUGUAUGGUGUUGACAUGCACAUUGUCUUGGGAAAAGAUGGAUGUGAAUAUCAUCUUGGCUUAACACCUACAGGCAUUCUCGUUUUUGAGGGCCCCCAAAAAAUUGGUCUAUUUUUCUGGCCUAAAAUAAGUAAAUUAGAUUUCAAGAAAAAAAAACUGACUCUAGUUGUCGUAGAAGAUGAUGAUCAAGGUCGGGAACAGGAACACACUUUCGUGUUUCGUUUGCAUAAUGAGAGGGCUUGCAAACAUUUAUGGAAGUGUGCUGUCGAACAUCACACUUUCUUCCGCCUACGAGCUCCCGUUAAAGGUCCAUCAGCUAGACAAAACUUUUUCAGAAUGGGAUCGAGAUUUCAAUAUUCUGGAAAAACUGAAUAUCAAACUACACAACAAAAUCGCGCACGGCGCACUGUUCAGUUUGAAAGACGUCCAAGUCAAAGAUUUGCUAGGAGACAGAGCCACGUUUUGAGGGAACGUGAAAAGCAAAACACUGCAGCUAAACUUGAAACUUCUGCCACCGUUGAGACCAGUAGCGAAACACCUUCCACCUCAGCAGAGGCUUCUGUCCUUGUUCCUGAUAGUGGUAUUGAUACCUUGUCCAGAAAGAGUAGUGCCAAAUCACAAAAAUCAUCUCUUGUUGAAAUCGAGCCUAAAAUGACAGAAAUAGGUGAACCAUCUACUAAAAACGUUGUAGUUGAUAAUGAACCAGAAGAAGUAUUGAUAUCGAAAGACGACGCUAUUAGUAACAAAGUAUUAUUCAGUAAAGUCGAAAAGGCAGCUUUGGAAGAAAAGAAGAACAAUUUGACGCAACUCGUUAUUAAUAAACCAUCAUGCAACUGCUCUCCCGUCACAGAUUCCAAUCCAUUGAACGAUCUCCUCAUGAGUUUAGUGAAAGAGAAGUUGAACAACGACGAUUCUAAGAACGAAGUGAAAAGAGAUCAAUUAGAUUCUGCGAGUGAUAAAGAAGUGCCCAAUAAUCAAGCUAAAUGCUAUUUAUCUUCAACGAAAGCUCUACCUCCUGGUCAGUUAAAGUGCAACAACAUAUUAAAGGCUCGUGAAAAUGAGGUUAAGUUAAUUAACGAAUCCACAAAUAUCAAUCUUACUAUUCCAUCGAUUCCACCGUCGCCUAAGAUUUUGAACGAAUCCCAAGCUCCCAACUCAAACAACUCUCAAUACGUUUCAAUCGUAGUUGUGGAACCACCGCUUUCUCAAGCAAAGUCACCGUCUCCGAAACCACAAGAAAGAAAAGAAGACGUCACACCUAAAUCUCAGCCAAUAUCAUCCCUUUCGCCUUGGCUUGUCACGUCGGAGCCAAGUUCACCAUCAGGAAUCGGAGAAAAAGAAAUCACAAUCAUACAUCGCAAAUCCGUCAUUACAACACAAUUGUAGUUGGUUAGCUUGUUAAAUUUCGAUAAAUUAUUCAAAUCUUUAUACGAGAGAUACCUAAUGUAAUUUUAUCAUUUGACAAUCGGUUUAGAGUUAAGUAUAACUAUAUACUCCAACUUAUUCAUUGCCUUACAAAUAUACUUUAUACAAGAAUGUAAGCUAUUAAGAAACUACAUCCAUACUUCGGUAGAUUGUUCAAGUUUUUUAUUAAGAACUUUUGAGCACUUUUUCGCUCACAACUAAGGUUAACGUGCUGAUUUUCCGCCUGGUUAGGAGAAACCUCGUUUUCAAGUUUCGAGAGAAACCUAAAAUGAGAUAAAUCCUAAUACGACUUUGCUUAACUCUUGGUACAGAAACAGUAAUUACUAUUUUAUACCUACUAAAAGGUACCAAACAUUCCUAAAUAGUUAGUAUUUUAUACUACAGAACAAGACAAUUAGUACUUAACACGUAUACUGUAACUUAUAACAAAACUUUCGACGCUGAUUAUGUUCAGUCGUUAAUCUAUUUUGCAUCAAAAUGCAAACGAUGGUGCAUUCCGUAAUUCAUGUACUUAAAUAAUUAAAUAUCGAUUAGCGCCGUCCUCUUACCGCUAUCAUGGCAGUUUAGUAUAUUUAAGUAGUACAAGGAACAGUAUUAUAUUAUGACAAUCAUUCACGGAAAAAUGUGCCAUAACCCAUACAUUCUGAAUAAUGACAAGUAAAAUAAUUAUUAUGUAUUUGCCUAUUAAGAGUAAAUGUUUUUGAAGGAAUUUCACAAAAUUGAAAUAUUUGCCACAUAUUCUGUAAGGUAAUUACGACUACACCACGUGUCGUGUUAUAUGAUACUUGUAUUUGUAUACGCGAUCAGUAUACAAUAUUAGUCAUAGACAACAGAUCACACACCAUCUGGCAUCGCGUAAUGAAACAUGAACUUGUAUAUUAUUAUAAAAAAAAUAAUUAUCUAUUUUAAUUAACUAGUGAAAUUUAUAUCGACAAAAAAUUUUAUCCGUCCUCGUUUUAGUGCUUUAGGAUAAAUACAGAUUUUAUGUAAUUACCAAGUGCACUUAUUGUUGAUACAAAUAUACAACGGUAGUGCCAAUGUUUAAGGAUUUUAUAAGGUGCCUGGGAACAAAGUAUUGAUAUCUCUUAUUAAAAAUGAACUUAUCUUGCUUCGACGAUUUUUUUGUCCAUAGUAAUGUUACUCAUACCUUUAAUAUAUUGCUCAUAUUAUUUACUUAUGGAUUUCUCUUUCUUGAGUGCUCAACUGAAAUUUGAUUUACGCUAACGGCUUGGACGGUUGCCUAUGAGUAGUCCAAAAUGGCAUUUUCCAGAAAUAACGUUUGGUCGAAAUUUCAUAACCUCGAAAGUAAUUUUGAGGGGAAAAUGUUUUUUCUUUUAAACCUAAAUUAACCUAACCUAACCAAACCUAAUCGUGUCUUUGCGAUAAAUAUUCAACAUAUCCUGAAAGAAGAACUGUUUCGUUAUAAUUCCGUUUUCGGUGUAAUGAAAAUUCGAACAAACGUUAUUACGGACAAAACAAUUUUCGAGUUUGUAAUAGGUUACCGGCUUGGGCACUAAUUAGAGGGGACGUCGACCGUAUGAUAUCUCACGUUAUAAUUUCAUAUUACGAUAAAGAUAAUAAAAAUAUCACUAACUUUAAGACCGCGAAAAAGAAACAAACCUAUGACGACCGAAAUUUUCGGGUAACUGAUAUCACACAUAUUAUUUCGGUAACAAUUUUUUUUAUGAUACCUACGUACGUGAAGAGACGAGCAAGUAGUACGCUUGUAGGGCUAAUACGGCAGGGCGCGACUAGCGCGAGAGCGACAUAAAGCGCAAGAUACCUACUGGUAAUCUCGCGCAGAGAUCUCGCGCUUAAUGUCGCUCUUGCGCAAGUCGCGCUUGUUCGUGCUGGCCUUGGGUGAUAAGCGACACACCUGCCCAUAACAGUUGCAGUGCCACUGCGUCCACCACCCAGAGACAUAAGUUGACAAAUCCCAUGUUCCUGUAAUUUUACCAGAACCCUUACUUACCCUUCAAAACCAGAACCUAAUUAAUGCUCACAUUACUGAUUGGCGGCAUAAAUAGGUAAGGUGGCAGUACUUCCUUGGACGAACUCUUUCACAAGGAACUCUACAACUACUAAAUGUGUAGAUGGUUCAUACUGGCUCCGAGAGCGGUGCAUAGGCCAAUUCAGAGUCAACCGAUAAAUUUAUUAAUGCUUGGUAUGACUUUUAAACAACCUUUAUGCGUGUUAUCGCGGAAUUAGGCCUAAGAUAUCUUACGGUCAGCAUUUCUACUAAAAUUAUGCAAACCAACGAUGACAUUAUUCAACGAUACUUAUAAUUAUUACGUAAAAGACGUAAGGUUAAUGAACGUUUGUACGAGUCAACGCAUGUUCGGCCCUUCAUACCACAUUUUUUUAAAUUUGUAAUUAUGUAUAAGAGAGAGAGAGAGAAUGUGAAUUUGAAUUUUUGAGUUUCCUCAUUCAAUCCCUUAAUGAAGUACUUAAUUCUUAAGGUGUACUCGCAUAAGCUGCACAACUGGGACGUGCAGCCAUGCCAUUCCUUCCAACUGCCAUUGUGCGUUUAAGAUCCCGUCGGAAUGCAGCUUUUGCGAAUAACCACAUAUUUGUACGAAUAAUCAUGAUACUCUUAAUAUAUUAAUGACUAUAUUUGCCUAAUCAAGGCUUGUUUUAUUGAAUGUAGUAUUAUAUAAUAUUUUAUUUGUAGUAAGUAUGGUUUAUUAA